AUGGGAUUUGACAACAUUUACAGUGGCUUUGAAGUUGCUAAUCGAAUGGGAUCAGUGCCCGAUGUUGGCAUGUUUGGACCAUCGGAUUCGAACAUCUUACCUCUACUAUGGGAUUGGAUUGAUGACACUUUAGAUGAAGACAAAGAACGUCAGCUAAUGCUUAGUCUGCUAUUGACUGGAACACAUGAUCCAUUUGUUAUGCCGUCUACUGAACCAAUCUAUCAUGAUUAUAUUGAAGAUACACGCGUAAACAAAUACCUCAAUACAAUGCGCGUAGUUGAUGGUGUUUUGAAAACUAUCGUUGAUGGUUUGAAAUUUCGACAAAUGUACAAUGAGACAUUGAUCAUCAUAAUUAGUGAUCAUGGAUAUGCAUUUCGUGAUUGGGGUAGAAAAUCUCUUGCUGCUUGGAGAGUACCGUUCGAAUGUGGAUUUUUGGUUCCACUAAUGCUACAUAAUCCAUAUUUAGAAGCAAAGCAACUCGACGCACAAUAUACGAAUAUGGAUAUCUUGCCGACAAUUAUGGAUAUAUUAUUGUCAUCACAGAAGAUUGCUCAUGAAUCAAUCAAUUACCUACUCACUGUACGACAAGACCAACUUAACUCAAUUUUAUCGCGAUACGAGGGAACAUCUCUUCUUCGUCUAUCUAUUGAACAAGAAACACAACGAUACACGUUUCAUCUAGACAACCCUGGUGAUUCACAUGUUAUUGUUAAACAAUAUCCACGAAAGCUCGUAUACGAUGUUCAUUAUGAUGAAGUACAUCUCUUUCAUCUGGGAUAUGAUCCUCAAGAAUCUAUUGAUUUAAUCUUGUUUGAUCGUCCUGAUUAUAUAGGCACCUAUCCUGAUUGGCUCCUAGUUGAUCAAAGUCGGAAUUCGUUACGAAACUGGUUAGGACGAUGGAUCAAUACGAAAAAUAAUCUUUCUGCUAAUCAUAAGAAAUUACUUCGUAAAAGAUUCAGGCAAUCGAUGUCAGAUUUAAGACAAAAUGUCAGUAGAAUAUCAUUGCAAGAUAUGUUAGAUUGGGCAGAUGCAACCUUGGAACUUGCUUCUGUGUGGACAGCGCUUGUGAAAGUACGUUAUUUCUACGGGAAUAUGACUUUUAAUUCUUUGAAGCAUCAUUCGUAA